GUUUAUUAGGCGCUAGCGCUUCUUCUGAUCAUGUCAUUUAUCGAAAAUUUAGUUUGGUGGACAGCGUAGAGUCCGCAUGACACCAGUGCAAGUGGCCACCGGUGUCAGCAUUUUCAAUGAUUUGUGCUUCACAUUGUCAUUGUUGCAGCUCCGGUCUCGAGAUCUCGAGCCUGGGUUGAGUUUCUUUUUCAUGGAGCGUUUAUAAGCACCGUGUCCCUUUCAUUCCAGGAGCGGUUCGUCCUUCUGCUGAAAAAUUUGGUGACUACGGGCCGAAAUAAGAAAGGAGGCGCUACGACAUUAUCAUUGAGCACUACAAGCUGCGUGGUUGGAUUUAUGGUUUGUGAUUUGUGGCGGGCUUGCCGUGCUGUGUCAGAACAUGACGUUCUCCCUCCCAGCGUGAUUUCUUACUUCAAGUAACAGUUACACAAUAAUCAUUGGUUGCGGCUGGGUAAUCUCCUAGAUCAUGGAUCGCAGUGGCAACAGUGCUGGGCGCGACGCCGUGUUAGUACUAAUAGUAAUAUGUAGCGAGCGGCUUGCUGCUGCUGCUCGUGAUGACUGCACUCACGCAGGCAAUAUAAUAAAGCGGCGAGUUUUGCUGCCAGCUUGAGCAGUAGUGGGUGAGCUGGUGGUCCACGAGACACUACCUGGCGAGGAGCAACAGGUCUGAGGAGAUCACAAUGAAACUGAUGAAGGCCCGUUCCUCUGUAGCUAUGGCCUUCGCGCGAAGAACAUUUCGUCAGUUGCGAAAACGCCUGACUAAAUCUAGCGGUUCACUCGCCGAAGCAGAACUAAACAAGGCCAGGGAGCUGGAGCGCGGAUCGACUGUGGCACCCGGCUCCGAGUGUUAUCCUGGAAUCUCAUCUCGUGUCAAGCGGCCAUCAAGUCCGAGCCGAAGGCGAAGCUCGACCAGUAGUCAAUGGUCAGCGCACUCAUUCUUUCAACAGUACCGAGACGAAGAUGAGGCCAUCUUGGAGGAUGGCAUGGAACGCCUGUGUAACGACAUGGAAGUUGACCCGUGCGAUGUUCGUAUGCUGGCCUUGGCAUGGCGACUGAAUGCUGCAGAGAUGUGCAGGUUUAGCCAGGAGGAGUUUGUGACAGUGUGUGAAGAGCUCGGCGCGUACAGUGCUGCCGAACUGGGCAAGCAGCUUACUGGCAUCCUGUACGAAGCACGGCGGCAUUUCAAGGACUUCUACCGGUACGCGUUCCGCUUUGGUGUGAGCGAUGGCCAGCGUAGUCUUCCGUGUGACGUGGCCGUGCAGCUGUGGAGUCUGGUGCUGCCGGUGUGCAGUGGUGAUGGCGAACGCUUUAUGAACGACUGGUUAGAGUACCUGACCAGUCAGCGUGUCAAGGGGAUCAGCAAAGAUUGCUGGAUGGUGUUCUUGGAGUUCACGCUGACCGUGGAGAAAGACUUCUCGAACUACAGCGCCGAGGACUCGUGGCCUAGUCUGCUGGAUGAGUUUGUCAUGCACCAGCGAUCUGUACAGCCGGCGGUGGAAAGUGUAAGCGUAUAGGUCAGUGCUGGGUUGCUCAGUAUGGUGGCGUGUGGUUAGGACAUCCAACACUGUGGGCUGACCGUACCCACCUGGCAUAGCGCGCUGAUGUGGAUAUUCUCCACAUUGUACAGUCUUGCGAAGUACAUGUCUAUUUUUUGAAGUAUUUUCUGCUGGUAGCAUCUGACGUAGCUGAUAGCGCCUAAUAGUAGUAGUUCUCCUAAUAGCUAUGUUGCUGUGUUGUGUAUAUAUUAUGUACAUGUGCUGGGAUAGCCGGCCUUUGGCAGUCAGCAUAACUGUGAUGUGUAUGAUAAUUAUUGCCAAUGUACAGCAGGUCCCUGGUUCGAGUAUUGGUCAUAUUAAACACCGUAACAGUCAAUUUUUCUACAGACUUUUCCCUGUUUGCAUCUUUUUCCCUCAAACCAAUCAAUGUACAGCUCUUAUAAUUUUUUGAACUCUUUUGUUACAUGACAUUGUCUUGAUGUUGGCAAAAUGCUGUGCACACUUGA